AUGCUACCUCGCAGCGUUCGCGCUCUCGUUCGCAAUGUGCCUACGAUCGCACCUAUUCCUCAGCGUUCCAUCCUGUCUGUGACUGGGUCUCAUGCGGCCGAGUUCCUGAAUGGCAUCGUUGCUUCUACUAUACCAAAAUCUCCGCAAAACCAUUUCUUCUCUGCCUUCCUGCACGCACAGGGUAGAGUCCUGUACGACGUAUUUAUCUAUGCUCAUCCUAGCCCCAGCGGAAACCGGGGCUACCUCAUAGAGUGCGACUCCAGGUCGUCCGAGGCACCUCCUCUGUUGCCUAUGCUCAAGAAAUACGUAUUGCGCUCCAAGGUCAAGCUGCGUGAUGUAACAGAGGAAUAUGAUGUCUGGUCUGCAUGGGGCUCCGACGAGGAGAAGAAGUGGGAGACGGAGAGACAGUGGAAUGCAGUCCGGAGUGGAGCGGUAGAGCCUGUCUGGGAUGGCGAGCCAGAAUGGCCAUGGGGAGCAGACGCGGGAGUGCUGCGAGACCGGAGAGCAGUUGGCAUGGGUCAUCGUUUGCUGGUGAGAAAGGGAGACAAGCCACAGGAGGCAUCGACUCACGAUGUCGCAUCAUCUGAUGACUACCUAUUACACAGGAUAUUGAACGGCGUGCCCGAGGGCGUCACAGAUAUCCCACCCACCCAUGCUUUCCCCAUGGACUCUAACCUGGAUAUCAUGGGCGCACUCGACUUCAGGAAAGGCUGCUACGUUGGUCAGGAGUUGACGGUCCGCACGUACCACACAGGCGUUUUGCGCAAGCGAAUCCUACCCGUGGUAAUUCAUCCUGAGGACAGCGGUGACACAACUGCCGACGCAACACAAUUUCCUUCGGAUACUGACAUUCGUACCCACCAUGUCUCUACGCAGGACGAUGGUGCCCCAAAACCACGGCCACGUGGGACAGGGAAGCUCCUUAGUUCGAUCCAUGGCGUUGGUCUUGCCCUCUUACGCUUGGAACAUGUUUCUGCUGUGGAAAAUGGCACAGCGACAUUCGAGCUCAAGGUUGAUGGAGAUGACCGGACGUGGGGCGUAUCACAUUGGUGGCCGGAUUGGUGGCCACGUCCCACUCUCGAGCAAGAGUAG